AUGCAAGAAAUGUUUUCAGUGUAUCUUGAAAGUCGGUCGCGAAUAUCGUUCAUCGAACUGUAUGUCGAGUUCGAGCAAUCUGCAGUGGACCGAGACAUUGAAUUGGAAGAUUACAACAGUGAUAGUGAAGAAGAGUUCGAAAGUAACUACGAGGUUGUUGAUUCGGGUGUAGACGAAGAUCAAGCUGACGAGGCUAUGGUGGCAGAUGUGGCGAAUGUGGCAAAUGCACUAGCAAACCAGCAGCCUUUUGUGGAGCCAAGUUUCAUGCGGUCGUUGGAUUUGGAGGCUAUGCAUGAGCCGGAGUUUCCUCAAUAUGUAAAUGCAGCAGAGCUUCCCCUUAUGCCAGAUGGCGAAUUUACUGUGGGAAUGGAGUUCAGUUCUAGGGAGGCAGUAAUUAAGGCGAUGAAAGAUUAUACAAUCUGCAGAGGUGUAGAUUAUCGGGUGUAUGAGUCAAAACUGACGACAUUCUAUGCUAAAUGCACCCAGUAUGGUGCAGGAUGUGAUUGGCUGAUCAGGGUGACCAAAAUGUCCAGAAAGUUCUGCUGGGAGAUAAGGAGGUACAAUGGAAGUCACACCAUUUCUCAAGAUCAUUCGAAGCUGGAUUCCAACACAGUUGCAGAAGCAAUAAAGCCAUUGGUAGAAGUUGACCCGUCUAUAAGGGUGAAAUCAGUGAUUGCGGAAGUACAGGCAAAGUUUAACUACACCACAAGUUAUCGCAAAGCAUGGUUGGCAAAACAGAAGGCAGUGGAGUCAAUUUUCGGUGGGUGGGAAGCUUCGUACGAAGCCUUACCGAUAUGGUUUGAGGCUAUGUGUCACAAGGAGCCAUCCGCAGUCGUUCAUUUUGAAACGAUGCCUGCGUAUCAGGGAGAUGACUUGGUUCCUAAUAUUCGUGUACUACACCGAGUCUUCUGGAGUUAUUACCCUUGUAUUAGAGCAUUCAGACAUUGCAAGCCAAUAGUGCAGGUAGAUGGAACUUAUUUGUAUGAAAAGUACAAGGGUUGUUUGUUGGUUGCAGUCUCACAGAAUGGCAACAACAACAUCGUGCCGAUUGCAUUUGCGAUAGUUGAGGGAGAGACAUCUGAGGCUUGGCACUUUUUUCUGAGUAACCUGAGACAGCAUGUUGUGACACGUGAUGGUGUCGGCCUUAUCUCCGAUCGGCACGAUUCCAUUAGAGCUGCUAUUGCUCGUAGUAAUGGAGCUUGGUCUCCUCCAAGAGCAUUCCACAUGUUCUGUAUCAGACACAUAGAGUCCAACUUUCUCAGGAAAUUCAAGGCUCCGUAUCUGCAGAAACUAAUCGUCAACAUCGGAUACUCGCGAACAGUUCGCGAGUACGAGACACGUUAUCAGCGUUUACGGGAGCGGGGUGAGGCUUAUACCAACUGGUUGGAUCGAAUUCCGCGUGAGCAGUAUGCCUUAGCGUUUGAUGGGGAUAUCGAUGGGGUCACAUGA